AACCAUUUCGUUAAAACUUUUUCAAGGUCAAUGAAUCACAUGUAAAACAUUCCUGUGAGUUAUAUUAAUUUUUACUUAAUUGUCCUAUAUACAUAUAUUCUUCGCAGUUUUGUGGUUCUAACAAAAGUUCAGAGACUAGUCCCACCACGUAGUUUUUAAUUUCGUCUGAAGAAUGCCUCGCGAAAUCGUCACCCUUCAGUUAGGAAAUUAUUCUAACUAUGUUGGUACCCAUUGGUGGAACAUUCAGGAGGCAUCAUUCACCUAUGACUCAAGUGCAGAACCAACUGAAAUCGACCAUGAUGUUAUGUAUCGCGAAGGCCAAACGAACAACGGUCAGACGACGUUCACGCCACGAAUGCUGCUACUGGAUCUUAAAGGAACAUUGAAAUUCAUGCCAGAAGAAGGAGAGUUGUACGAGAAUAAUGGUAGUGGUAAUCGAACUGAAGAUAUCUUGAAUGAGAUUAUAUGGGACCGCAGUAAAGUAGAAGUGAUUACAGAAAAACGUGCGGAAAUGAAUGAAUAUCAACAAGAUUUAAGUCAACCAGGACAAUCUGGCAGGAAACAGGACAAAGACUACGAUUUCAAAAAUUCAGUUAAAGAUUGGAUUGAUUUCAGUUAUUCUGGAUACCAUCCUAGAAGCAUUAAUAUCGUAAAUGAAUAUGCCCAUUCCAAGGAGGAAAAUCGAUUCGAUACCAUCACCAACGGAAUGGAACUUUGGAGAAAAUAUGAUGUUCAGGACGAAUUUACUGAUAAAAUACGUCAGUAUGUGGAGGAAUGCGACGAAUGUCAGGGCUUUCAAGUAUUGUUCGACUGCGUUGAUGGUUUCGGUGGAGUAGCAAUCAAAACUCUUGAAUAUUUACAAGAUGAAUACGGUAAAUCAAGUUUGGUUUUUCCCGUGAUUCCACCAGCAACUUUGAAUUAUAAAAAUGCUGAUGCUACGAUGAGUGCUUCCAUAAGAGUUAUAAAUAUAGCAUUGGCUUUCUCUGAACUAAUUGAAUGUUGUUCGCUGUUCGUACCACUCUCAACCAUGGGACGCUGUUGGAGGGAUGUGGAUAAACCGCGCAGUUUUCCCCAUAUUUCAUAUGAAGAAGCAAACCUCUACCACACUUCUGCCUUAUUAGCCACCUUCCUUGAUACUGCUUCUCUUCGAUAUCGUAUGAAAAACCUAUCCGGUGAAAGUUAUCUCGCUGGUUUUUGUAGUGAUCUCUCUCCUUAUGGAAGAAAAAUGGCUGCGGCAGGACUAAGUUUACCAUUACCAAUGCAUAGUUCUGAAGAUCUUAUUGACUUCCUGGACAGAAGUGAGAAACUGUUCUACACGCAACUAACUCCGAAUGCGAUGAUUGGUACAAAGUAUGUGGUACAAUCUGUCGUGGCUAGAGGAAUCCCCAGAAGUCGAUUAAAACGACCCCCAACUUCAAAGUCUGCUCAACGACAGCAGCGUAUGGCUGCUUACAGGUGUGAUUCAGUCAGUGAAAUGCUGCAGUUUUACUACCAAUGUCAGUUUCACGCCAGCAUGACCCACGUGAUGGGGUGCAAUGCAUCGAUGGAUGUAAUGCAACCGUUUCCUAUUGAUUGGUUUGAUUCACGUGUCGGCCCCGAUGGUUUUCUACAGGAAUUUGAUCUGGGUGUAAAACAGAAUAUUACCUCGAUACCAACGCAUUCACUGAUGCAAUCUUCAGGUGAUUUAUCUGGCACACUCGAUAGUUUGCACAGAGAGGUAAGUCGAAUCAAGCUAGCAAAGAUUCCACGUUUUAGCGAGCAUGGUUUAGAAUACGAAAACUAUAGGGAAAGUUUGGAACGGUUAGUAGAAUUUAAAGAGAGGUAUGAUGAUAAUUAUGAAAUUUAAACACAA